UUAAAGCCGCUCAUCGGCGCGGCGGGCCGGCUGCCGGCGCUGGGCGGCAGGCUGCGGAGAGCCGCGGACACACGGACACCCGGACACACGGACGGAGCCCGCUGCGGCGCAGAUGGGCAGCAGAGAGGCGGCGGUAGCAGCAGCACCAGCAGCAGCGGAGCGGCGGAGCGGCCGGCGCUGAGCGCACCCGCGCAAGGGCUCCGCGCCAUGCGGAGCACGCCGCUGAGCGAAGGCGAGCCCUGGCCGCGCCUGUGCCCCGCAGAGCUGGGGGGGCUGCGGCGGCUGCGGCGCAAGCACGGCUGCAAAAGUUUCCGCGUGGAGCUCAAAGUGCUCAGCGGGAGGAGGCCGGGGCUCCGCGCCCCGCCGCCGCCCCCCGCCGCACCGCCGCCCGCUUGGCAGCCGCGCAGCGCCGCGAUCGCAGCCAGCGCCUUCCCCGCAGCCCCGCCGCCGCCGCCGCCGCCGCCGCCGCCGCCGCCGCCGCCGCCCGCAGCCUCCCCGCGGCCGCGGCCGGGCGAGGCGUCCGGAGUCUCUCCGGAGAUCAAAGCCCUGCAGCAGACGCGGCGGUUGUUGGCCAACGCCCGGGAGAGGACCCGCGUCCACACCAUCAGCGCCGCCUUCGAGGCGCUGCGGAAGCAGGUUCCCUGCUAUUCUUAUGGUCAAAAGUUGUCCAAACUGGCCAUCUUGAGAAUAGCCUGUAACUAUAUCCUUUCCCUGGCCAGACUAGCAGACCUGGAUUACAGUGCUGACCACAGUAACAUGAGCUUCUCUGAAUGCGUGGAGCAGUGCACUAGGACCUUACAAGCAGAAGGAAGAUCUAAAAAAAGGAAGGAGUAAUAACAAGAAGGGGAGAAUAUAGAAGAGCUUCCAGCCAGAGUUACAUCUGUUCUUGGCAAAGGUUGCACGAUCCAGAUGAAGACUGCAAGCAGCAUUUUUGCUGAGACCCCUUUUCGAGAUGACAGUUGGCCAAGGAACUUUCUUAAUCUCUGGAACAGAAAGGAAAAAAGGAAAAGAAGGAAACAAAAACCAAACAAGGACAGGGAUGCUUCUUAUUGUUGUUAAGCCAGCCACCUUUUAGUACGUGCAAUUUAUUUAGCACUUUUCCCUUUGCUUAACUGGGAAAUGUUACCCUCUCAGCUCAUGUGUACAGUAAUUUGUUGUUGUUGUUGUUGCUGUUGUGCCAAAGAUUUGAUGGAGCUUCUACACUGUGUCUUAUUUUUGCCUUAACGUUAAAUCUUUGAGCCAAAGAAGAGUCAGAGGUGCCACUGAGGUGGUGGCGAGCAGGCCAGUGACACAUCUGGGUUUAGGAAUCCUUCUGUCAGUCACCUCUGAUGUCUCCUGCCCGCAGCCCUGGAGCCAGCAUUUGGUGCAGGCAAGAGCUGGGACAACACCAAGUCAUGCUUCGGCAUUCAGGUUCGCUUCUCUCUUUGGGCUAGUUCUGCCUGUUGGGCAAUGUCCUGGUGUUCCUGCCUGUGCAACACAGCCACAGGGUAGAAAUAACUGACACGAAGUGAGAGCUGAAACAGGAGAUACCAAUUUCACUCUUUUUUAAUAAAUAAAUAACAAUAAAUAAGCAGCAGUUAAGUGCCAUGUCAAGCAAAAAGAAAGGAAAUCAAAAGGAAGUUCAUCAGGCAGGAUGGAAUGCAGCAAAACAAUUCAGCGGGCGUUUCAGGUUUGUGAAGUUGUUCUUCUGUGGGGUUUUUCAAGCGGCCAGAAACCCGUGUAAUGCAAAAGCAUUUGAAUCCUAUACUGUACCUUUCACUUCAAAUUGAAGUAAAAAGAAAAGAUUGAGAAACA